AUUAUUUCUCCCUUAUACUCUCUCUAUCCUAGCAAGAAUUAAUUCUUCCAUCUGCAUUUCCUCAAACAUGCAUGCUUUAGCAUUCUUCUUUGCAGCCUCAUGUUCACUACUCGCUACUCUACCCUUCACCGAACCAAGUAAAACCCAAAGUAGCUUCACCAUUGAUCUCAUUCACCAUGAUUCAUCACUCUCACCCUUCUACAACUCUUCCAUGACCCGUUCGCAGCUCAUUAGAAACGCCGCCAUGCGCUCAAUCUCUCGCGCAAAUCGACUCUCCUUCUCCCACACUCUGAACAAAUUAAAAGAAUCCCCACCUGAAGCAAUCAUAAUCCCAAACAAUGGUGAUUACCUCAUGAGGAUCUACAUUGGCACCCCCUCUGUGGAAAGACUCGCCAUUGCAGACACAGGGAGUGACCUCACAUGGGUGCAGUGUUCCUCUUGUGACAUCACCAAAUGCUUCGCUCAAAACACCUCAUUUUAUGAUCCAAAACAUUCUUCCACGUUCGCAUUCUUUCCAUGCGAUUCAGAAACUUGCACACAGCUUCCAUAUUCUCAAUAUAUUUGUGGUGACUCUGGAGAAUGCAUAUACGGUUACAAUUACGGUGACGAGUCAUACAGCUAUGGAGGGUUCGGUUCUGAUUCCAUAAGUUUUGAUGCUACUGCAGCUACACCACCUAAUUUUCCAAAAUUUGUUUUUGGAUGUGGGUAUGUGAACAAAAUCACUGCAGAUAAAUCAAGGAAACCCACAGGAAUUGUGGGCCUUGGGGCAGGACCAUUAUCACUAGUUUCGCAACUAGGCGAUGAAAUUGGUCACAAAUUCUCUUAUUGCUUGCUUCCUUUCGCUUCGAAUUCCAGUAGCAAAUUGAAAUUCGGGGAAGCGGCAAUAGUACAAGGAAACGGCGUCGUUUCCACUCCCCUCAUAAUCAAACCUGAUUUACCUUUCUACUACCUCAAUCUUGAAGGCAUCACUGUAGGUGCAAAGACGGUGAAGACAGGACAAACUGAUGGUAACAUAAUCAUUGAUUCAAGAUCGACAUUGACAUACCUUGAAAAGAAUUUGUACAAUGAGUUUGUGAGUUUGGUGAAGGAAAUUGUUGCUGUUGAGGAAGAGAAUAAUUAUGGUCCUUACCCGUUUGAUUUUUGUUUUACCUACAAGGAGGGGAUGAGUGCACCUCCUGAUGUUGUGUUUCAUUUCACGGGUGGUGAUGUUGUUUUGAAGCCUAUGCACACUCUUCUCUUGAUUGAGGACAACUUGACUUGCUCCACGGUGGUGCCUAGCUCUUUCGGUGGAAUCUCCAUCUUUGGGAAUUUGGCGCAGAUAGAUUUUCAUGUGGGGUAUGAUAUUCAAGGGGGGAAAGUUUCUUUUGCUCCUACUAAUUGUAGCUUGAACUAGCAUGUAUGGGGUAGACUAAUAAAGAUUUUAUCAAAAUGAUUUGUAGAAAUUCGCAUAAUCCAAACAUCCAACAGACAUUUAGAGUAAGAAAUGAAGAGAGAAAAGAAGUAGUUGCUCUAAUAUAUGUAAGAAGGAGAGGUAGAGCGAAACAUGGCAUAUUUAUUUGUGUUUGCAUUAUGCGUACUCAAGUAUCAUUACUAUUUUGAUAACUUUAACUUAUU